AGUGCACGCCGAUCACAUGACAGGCUGCAUACGCGCGGUGGCGGGGAGUGAGGAUGGCGGAUAGUGAUGUUGAACCAGCACCCGACUGGAGUAAUCGGCUGUCUAAUACUGCCGAGGAAACUUUCGUCGCCACGGAAGGCUUGCUGACUACCUUGAGAGCGCUGGAAGCAACGCUCUGGCAACAAGACAUUUCGGAAAUAUCUUCCACCGAAUAUUGCGACAACUUCUGCCAGGCACUGAUGCACUAUGCUGGGAGCAGGAAUUCUGUGGAGCAUGGUCUUCCCCUUCUGGAGGUCUACUGCCUGUCCAUCAACUGCUUCGCUGCUGCAAGGCCACACCUCACCGCAGACUCUGAUAAUGUGGCCCUCGUGUUAAAGAGACUGGCAUUGAGCUGUUUUGAACUGUUGCUGUCUGUGCCUGAAAAUGAAAUCCCUUAUGAGGCCUGGGUUCAAUUUUACCGUUCUGUUCAGGUGGCCCAUGAUGCCUUGAUGGAGUAUGGGAGCACAGACCUGCAAGCCUUGCUCCAGAUCACAGGAGAGGGGGGAGCGUGGAGUAACCCUGUCCUUGGCGCCCUUCUCACCGGUCGCCCCACAAACAUAGAGGAAGUUGAGGCGUACAUCGCCUUGGAGGGGGAGGGCUUCAUGGAGAUGCGUGUCAAACACCUGGAGAAAGUGGGGGAGGUGGCGAAGGCUGUUGUGCUGGCUAAGUCCUGUGCCGAAUGCCACCUUGUCUCCAACCAAACCACCUUCCGGCAGACCUACGUCUCUCUCCUCUGCCACCUGCUGCCCGGUGAGGAGGCCAUCAUGGAGAUAUCCAGACUGGACUGUAAGGAUGUGCUGGAUAUUACAUGCAGUUUGGAGACUGAGGGAGAGGAAAACACGGCCUUCAUCCUGUGUACCACCUUCCUAACUCAACAGCUGCAGCAGCAAAGCCUGUACUGCUCCUGGGAGCUCACACUGCUUUGGAGUAAGCUUCAGAGAAGGAUUGACCCAUCUUUGGAAUCACUGCUGGAGCGUUGCCUGCAGCUAGGCGCCAUUGCUAAGACCGUUUACCAUCUGCUCUUCCUUGUGCACGUCAUUCGGACAGAGGCAGAGGUGCUUGGUCUGGCUUCAUCUGUGGAGUUAUGUGUUAAAGCACUACAGCUCCCAGACCAAGAGGGCACAGAGACGAGGAUUUCUGUGUGCAAGACCUUAGCCUGCCUCCUACCAGACGAUCUUGAGGUGUUGCGUGCUUGCCAGCUGACAGAGUUUCUUUUAGGCCUCUCUCAUGUGGCCUUCAGCUCCCUUGAAGAGCUCUCUCUGCAGACCGAUCAGAAGUAUGACCAGGAAAAUUCCAUCAUCCCCAACUCUCUGCGGUGUGAACUGAUCCUGGCACUUAAAGCCCACUGGCCUUUCGACCCUGAAUUCUGGGACUGGAAAACACUCAAGCAUCAGUGCAUCAGGCUGCUGGGGCUUGACCCUGAGCCAGAGGAAGAUGAGGAUGAGGGGGGACAGGAGAGUAGUCUUGGGCAGGAUGUAAAGGAGGAGGUGGUGAGGGGCUUUGUUGACAUGCCAAGAGAAUACUUAAAUCGGACAAUUGUUGGCAUUGAUGGUCAUAAUAAAGAUGAGGAAAAUGAGUGGGACAGUAAACCACCUUUGAAGCCAGAUGUUGAGCAGGGCUCACUUCAGAAGAAAUACAAGUUCCUCUGCAAGAUUUGUAAGAAAAGUGUUACUGAAACGCGAAUCCUUCUUCACUCUAAGAGGCAUGAAAACAACGGUGUUUUCACCUGCCCUGUCUGCCUGAAGAAGUUUAAAAGCAGAAAAGAUUUUAUCCCACAUACUAAACUGCACCUUCGAAUGCCACCCAGAAGCACUCGGCAAAAGAGAAAGGACAAAAAGAGGAUUGAUUGGGAUAAGGAAAUGGAGGACGACGACUUGGAGACUGUUGAGAUUGCUCUUGAUCCUUCCUUAAUGCUGUACUACCAGUCCACACAUGAUCCUGAUGUUUUGGAGCACAUUCUAGAACAAGCUUCAUCUGCCCGCAGGUACCCUGGACUUGAAGAUAACGUCACAUUUGAUUACAUUAACUUUCAUUUUGAAUUGCAGAAUCAUGACAUAUAUACAUGCCCUGCCACUCACUGUACAAAGACUUUUAAGCAUUCCAAGUACUUGGGUGUGCAUUUAAAAUCUGAAUACCACGUUGGGGACCAGAACGUGAAACAUUAUUUUGAAAUGAAAGACCGUAGGGAAAAGUGCACUUACUGCCGGCGCCACUUCAUGUCUGCCUAUCACCACCAAAGACAUCAGCGUUUGCACUACGGUGACCUGCCUUACAUUUGUAUGGUCACAGGUUGUGGUGCUCGUUUCAGCACCGCCAAUAAGCUUGUUGCACAUAAGCAUAGCCAUGGCUAUCAAGUUAGCUACCAGUGUGAGCUCAAAGGAUGUCGUCUUUCUUUCUCUGACUUGGGGCAGGUAUACCACCAUGAAGCACAGCACUUUCGUGAUGCUGCAUACAGCUGCACAAGCCUUGAAUGCAAAAAGUUCUACUUUUCUAAAAAGGAAUUCAGCAGGCAUUUAGCCACACACGGCAUUACCUUCUCUGAGGAAGACUUUGAGGCACAGAGGAAGGCCAAAAUAAAACAUCUUGAUUCCAUAACUGAGGACAUAGCCAGACCCAAAAAGUAUUGUAAAAGAAAGACUGCACUGGAGGAGGUAGUCAGUGGGGGAAACAAUGCUACUUCCUAUACAUGCAGUGCGUCCUCGUCACAUGUGUCGAGCUGCAAGGAGCCCAAAGGCACAAUGACCUCGGUUGCUGUGUGCUUUGAUGGAAAAAAGUUCACUUGUGGUUUUGAGAGGUGUGGAUUGACCUUCUCCAAAGCCAGAGAUGUUCACAAGCACCUGAGGUGUAUUCAUCCAGAGCACUUCAAGGCAGAGAAUAAGGAACUCAGUCUUGACAAAGAAGUGGGCUUGAAAUCUAAAGGUCUAAAGGUCAAAACAGAGCAGGACAAUGAUGACCAGAACAAACAUGAACAUGCAGCUUGUCUGCUAAUGAAGGGAUCAAGCCAGGGAAAUGCUUGCCCUUCCCUUAUUAAGAACACCACAACAUCCCCAUCAUGCCUUGCCAAUGAUAAUGACCAUUUAAGAGAGAUUUUGAUUGGGCUUAGCCAGCUUAGUCUGACUCCCUCCAACUCUACAAAUGGAUAUACUGAGCCCUCCCACCCAAUGUCAGGGUCCACCACAUCAAAUAUAUCCUGCCAUCAGGGUGUUGGCACCAGGUCCCCAAUUGUAUUAUUGCAAAAGAGAGCUCUACCCGCUGUUGGUGAGAGGAGGAAAUUGACAUCAAACGUUGAACCAUCUGUUGCCAACAGUCUACCCUCAGAGCAACACUUAGAGUCAGACCAGAUCAGCCCUUAUGUUUUGCAAGCUUCUACUAAACCAUACUUAUGUGAGCUUAAUGGCUGCAAUUUUAGAUGUGUGAUUAGCACUACCCUAAGGCGCCACUACAUGAACAAGCAUCACUUCUCAGAGGAGAAGGUGAAAGGAAUGAAGAUCCUCAAGUCACUGACAUUUAAGUGCCACCUCUGCUUCAAAUGCCAUAGAGAGAAGACCGACUUGAGGGUUCAUUAUCUUCAGACUCAUAGACUUAGCGAGGCAGUUGUGGAGAAAAUGAGCUGGUCUAAAAAGUGGGUUCGGGGUAAACCCCCAGAACCCACCAAGCCCACAGUCUCGUUUAUACAAAAUUCUCAGACCCUCACCUGGCAACACCCCUCCUGGCAGCAGAAGUACCUAAAAAAGAAAAUAAUGUGGAGGCGACAAAACGUUGUACAAUUUGCUAAGUCUGGAGACAAGAGUACGAAAUGGAGUCACGCGCCAUCUUCUGUGCAGGAUCAGUUUGAGGAGGAAAGUGAGGAUGGAGAUAUGCAAAGGGGCAGGGGCAGCAUUUAUAUGUGCAAGCACAAGGACUGUGGGAUGCUUUUCUGUCACACCUACAGUCUUUAUCGCCACAAGAAGAAGCAUCAUUCACAGGUGAUGGGACGUCCUUCCAUGCUUUCAGAAGACCCAGUUUUACAGAAGUUUAGGUGCAGCUACGCCAACUGUAAUGCCUCUUACCUCCUGAACAGUAGCCUGGUGCGUCACUUGGAGAGUGAGCAUCCUUACCAGGUGAACCGUAGCCUAAAGCAUCACAGAAAGAGUUAUCCUUACCAGGCGACCAUGUACUGCAAGUAUGAGGGCUGUACACAAGUGUUCACCCAAAGCAGUAGUCUGAAAAAACAUGUACUCUCUAGCCACCUCAAUUACUAUGAUUCACUUGUAUUGCGUCUCCAGAAUACUCACAAUGACACUUCAGUCACUGGUUGCCAAAAAAAGUUUAUCUUCACAUCCUCUACGCCACAAAAAGAUGCAACCAAACUACCUCUCGGGCAAUCUCUGAGACACUGCCCAAAGUCUCCCGAAGAUGUUAAGGCUGAAGAAACUAGUGAAGAGCAUGAUGAAGAUGAUGGUGAAAUUUUGAAUGUUGACCAAAGUAUUGUAGAGUCUAAAUCAAAACACAAGUUUGAAGAUUUGGUCUUCCGUUCCCAUGAGGAGGCCUUGCAGAUGUGCCAAGAUCGCUGUCAACGUGAAGCGUACCCAUGCAUGGUGCAGGGUUGUGAUUCUGUAGUCAAAUUUAUACGUAGUAUGCGACGUCACUAUUUGAAUUGCCACAAAUUAACCAAUCGGGCUUUCAAAUUGAAUGAGGAUAAGCUUGUGUUUAGAGCAGAGCAACUGGAGGAGCUGAUACAGAGGAAUACUGUAUUGUCUGUGUGGCCUGAUAUGACGAGGGCACCUAACGGAGUUCUGAAGAUGGAGUAUCAAGCAGAGCCAGAGAACCCUGGUGGUCCAUCUGUGCCUAUGAGUCUACACUCCAUCAAAGCAGAAACACUGGAUGACUAUGACCCACUGGGGUUGAAAGAGGAGCCAACUGCUGAGAGGAAUGUUUUGGUCAGUGCAGAUGACUUGCUUUAUGGAGAACCUUCUGGGCACAUGGAGGACCCUGCUACUCAGAACAGCCACAGCCAAGAGGCGAGGCCAAGGCGAAGAUCCUCAAACCCACCGGCUCUUGAUCUCUCUCCCCCAUCCUCCCUCAGAUUCUGUGUUGAUGAGAGCUUCUUGGACAGUUCAGGCAAAGAUGGUGGCAAACCAACAAACAUUUCUGUGCCCUUGCCCUCCCCUCAAGCCCGCCAGCCACUUAAACGUAAGAACGAGCUCCCUGAGCACCCUCCCAUUUCAAAGGACCCCCAGCCUCAAAGCCCCACCCCUCGCACAUUUGACCUGGCUACUUACAGACCUAUGGGAUUCGAGUCAUCUUUCCUGAAAUUCAUACAGGAGAACUCCAAGGAUAAGGAUGCUGAGAGGCCCCAGGCUUCACACUCCAACAACCCCCGGCCUGAUCCACCUGUGGUGUCAGCUCGGCGGCGGGAUUCCUACAGACGUAGCUGUUUUGUAAAGGAGAACAGCCAGGUGGGACUCACUACUACCUGUAGCAGGCUGGCUCAUUCUUCCCCACUUAAGCCUCUUCCCAGGACAGGAGAAUACACAUCAGUCCAGAACUUACACGUCAUCUUAGAAAAGGCUCUUACAGGUUGUGGCGACCUAGCCAUUAAACAGCUGCAGCACCAAAGGCCUGUAGUGGUUCUUGAGAGACCAAGGUUUUUCACUUCCUUGCUUGACCUCUUUCCCCACAAAAACGAAUGAUAAGCUACUUCUCGAAGGUUUGUAGAACUGAGCACUUUUGUGUCCAAUAUGAAGACUUUUUUUCUAAUGUUAUUACUACUCUGAUAUUAUCAGUAUCUUUUAAGUUGCCAAACUGAGCAGCUCAAGUUCUUUAAUUUACCUACAUGUUUCAACCUGUGAAAAAUGGCCCCCUGAUUUUUUUUAAAAACAACCUCUUCAGUCUUUAUUAUAUUUCUGUCAGAUGAUGAACAUUUCAAUGUAGAUACACAGUGGCAAGAAAAGUAUGUGAACCCUUUGGAAUUACCUGGAUUUAAACUCGCUUAAACUAAUAACACACAUUAUUGUAUUUUUCUUGUCUAUAUUGAAUACUUAAUUUAAACAUUCACAGCGUAGGUUGGAAAAAGUAUGUGAACCCCUAGCCUCUAGUGACUCCCAAACCUGCUAUGUGAACCCCUAGGCUAAUGACUUCUCCAAAAGCUAAUUGGAGUCAGGAGUCUGCUCACCUGGAGUCCAAUCAAUGAGACAAGAUUGUAGAUUUUGGUAGAGCUGCCUUGCCCUAUAAAAAACACUCACAAAAUUUGAGUUUGCUAUUCACAAGAAGCAUUUCCUGAUGUGAACCAAGCCUUGAACAAAAGAGAUCUCAGAUGACCUAAGAUUAAGAAUUGUUCACUUGCAUAAAGCUUGAAAGGGUUACCAAAGUAUCUCUAAAAGCCUUGA